GGAAGAAGAGGAAAUGGGGGAGGAAGAAGAUGAGGUGAAUGAUGAAGAAGAAAUGGAAGAGCAAGAGGUGGAGAUGGAAGAGAAUGAAGAGGAAAUGGAAGCGGGAGAAAAUGAAGAAGAAGUUGAACUGGAAGACGAAGAAAAAGAUGUCGAAUGUCAAGAACCAUCAAAAUCUGUUGAAAUUCAAUUAGUGUCAACAGCCAAAGAAUCCUCAAAAAAUUUGUCACGAAAAUCUUCGAAACUUUCUUCGAAUUUGCCACCUAAAAGAAUUUUUUCAUCAAUAUGUGAGCAAGUGGAAGAAGGACAGAAUGUUAUUCAAUUGGAUAGUGCUUCUUCUAUUCAACAACAAUCCUGUUCAAGAAUUCAGAAAUCUCUUUCAACAGCCAAUGGUUUGCAAAAAAAAUUUUUUAAUGAAUUUAAAAAAAGAUUUUGA